AUGAUCAAUCUACUGCUACUACUUCUACUCCUACUAGGUUGCUUCCAACCAGUAUUUUCGAUUAUUCAAAUAGAUAAUGACACACUAUCUGAUUUUGACUUGGCUCAACGAAUAACUUCAAACAACAAGUCCACUGGUCUUCAAGAAUUCACUCCUAUAAUAGACACCAUAGUCCAGUCCGAUGUCAAGUACUACUCCUUCGAUGUCAACACCACAUCCGGACUCGGUGAGUUCUACGAAUUGUUAGUCUUUAUCACGGGGAACAUAUGCACCCAACCAGCAGGGAUCCCAGAAAACGACACUAGUUUGGCCGUGUACUACUCAUUCAACUCAAGUAUGUUUGAAGAUAACGAAUACGGACAAAUGAGCUUGUUCAGCGAUGGAUACAUGCAGGCAUUAGCCGACUUGCCCAUUGGGCAAGUGCAGACUACGGAAGGAUACCAGCCACCCACGGUGUUAUACAUUGCCGUGCGAGCACCUGAAAAUACCAACAGUAGUGCCAGUUGGACAUACCAGAUCGGGGUGUCGCAAAACGACUUGGUGUUUCAGUGGGAUGACAGAGAAUGGGUUAAAGUGUUGGACACGGACGAUACUAGCGCCAUUGUCGUGACUGGUAACUUGUCGAUCCUGGAGCAGUACCGCCGUGACAAGACCAUGCCGUAUUCGUUGUAUGUUUACUCGUACGGUAUGAAAGAUUAUUUCACGGGGUUGAAUAACAGUUGGUGUGCCAUUAGGAACGGACCAGCGUUAAUUGGACCCGACUCUAUUGCUACCAGUUUUACGAAUUCUUUAGACGGGACAAGACAGCAGUUUGUGGUUACUGGGUUGAAUGCAUCGACAAGAUAUAUUGGCUAUGUCGUGGCCGGGUCGAUUGGUGCGACUACUGGAGGGGUCGUGUUUCAUCCGUUUACGUUUGAAACGAUGGAGAACGAUGCGUGUCAGUUGAUUUACGGGUUGGAGUUUUGCACCCAGGUGGCAUACAGUGUUCCUCGACCCCAGGGUGACCCUCUGGUUAACAUCACCAAACAACUCUACGAUAACUACACUGAGAAUCUUUACACGAAUUUCAGCAAGGCGCUUCAACAAAUCCCCUGUGAUGCUAAACCAGACUCGGUCUUUUCUAAUAUGAAAACAUGCAAUGAUUGCGCCAACGCUUAUAAAGACUGGCUAUGUGCGGUGAUGAUCCCGCGAUGCUCAACCAAGAAUAUCACAGGGUAUCAACUCCGCGAACCAAACGACGGACGAAAUGCAUUCAUAAAUGACGUAGUCGUGCCUAAUAAGACAUACUUUGAGGUGUUGCCCUGUGUCAACACCUGUUAUGCCAUUGUUCGUGAUUGUCCUAGUGAUUUUGGUUUCUUGUGUCCUACCAAAUUACCCAUGAGUUAUUUCUGGGAUGUUGAUACUGGCGAGGGCAAUGAACAAUGGCCCAGUUGUAACUAUGUGGGUAAAGUCGUUGCUAUUCAGAGCAGUCGAGCUUUCAAGUUGGUGCUUAAUUAUGGGGUUUUGUUGGUAUUGUUGCUUGGUUCAUAUAGUGUAAUUUAG